CAGAGGAAGAGAGACAGCGAGCAGGCUAAUGUAGAUAUGUUUAAAGAUUUAAAUGUUUUGUAUUUAUUUUAACAAUGAAUAAAUAGACCGUUCAUUGUCAUUUAUGGCAGUAUGUCGAUAACAGAGUUUGGGUAGGCCUAAUUUAUUGAAGACCAUUUUUACUAAAAGAAACACGCGGCACGAAGAUGGACGCAAAUUUCACGGAAACGUUAGAGGACUUUAUGGAAAGUGCACUGGUAACGUGGGUACGUCUCUUUGAGGAUGUGGUGGGUGGGGAAAUGACAAGCCCCUCAUCCCACCAGUACAUGGAAGUGAACUCCAUCUCCCAGAAUACACUGAAAAUAUAUAAAAGACUCACAAAUGGAAUCUUUCUCAAUGAAGUCAUGAGGAUCAUUGACCCAAAUCCAAAAGUCGAACAGAUCUACCGCAACGUGAAUGAGGACAAGAUUCUGAGAGUGCAGAAUUUCUCUGUCCUUAACCGACACUUGCGCUCCUACUACCAGGAGAAUCUACAACAAUUGAUUCUGAUGCCCCUUCCAAAUAUUGCCAUUUUAGGACGAGAUCCUCUCACAGAGGGGGCUGUGGAGGAACUGAGGAGGUUGCUUCUGCUGUUACUUGGCUGUGCUGUGCAGUGUGAGAGGAAAGAAACCUUCAUCCAGCAAAUUCAGGCAUUGGACAUUGAAACCCAGACAGCUAUCGCUAUUUGCAUUCAAGAGGUGACCCAGGACCCGCGGGCGGUUCUGCCGCUGCAGUAUGCCGAGCUGUGUGGGCUGCAGACGGAGGAGGUCCAGAGCCUUUUCAGCAUCAUGGCCAAACAGAUCCAGGGCCUGCUCUCUCAGAGGGACACCCAACUGGAGAGGAUUGCAGAGUUGUGUCAGGAGCGUGAGUCCUCUCAGUCACACUCGGCGCCCCCUACUGGCUUUGGAGACGGCCCACCAGAAGGGCUGAACGUGCAGCUGGCUGACUGCAAGGCCAAGCUGCGGCGCCUUAAACAGGAGCUGGAAGACAAAGGCGAUCAAUUACUGGACUAUAAGCUGGAGAUUCAAACUCUGGAGGGGGAGCUGAAGAAACUGCAGCAGGAGAACCGGACCUUGCAGGGGGAGUCGCGCGUGACCCGAGCCCUCCGCGAUGAGCUGGACUGUCUGCGGGACCGGGCGGCCAAGGCCGAGCAGCUACAGGCGGAGCUGAAGUCCUGCGCUCACCGGCUGCGCGGCCUCGACCUCUGCCGCACACAGCUGAAGGAGCAGCAGCAGUAUUGCACCACCCUGCAGGAGAACAAGGCUUUGCUGGAGGAGCAGCUGGCUGAUGCCCGGGCACGAUGCUCUGCUCUACGGGAGCUUGAGAGGGACAAUUUUUUGCUCCGGCAGAAGCUGAUGGAUCUUGAAGGGGAGCGAGACACAGAGAGACAGAGGGUCGACGAGCUCUUAGAAAUAAACAUAAGCCUGCAGUCGGAGCUGAGGUCGGGGCCAAAGCACAGUCCUGUUGUCACUCAUCAUUUCCACCAAUCGGAGAUAGAGUCUGAUGAAGACCAGACUCCAGAGCAAGAUCUGAAGCCGCUGAGUGUGGAGGUGGGCGAGGCCUCCAGCCUGCGACUCCUGGGAGCCGAGAACGAGAACGCCGAGCUGCGGAGGCGGCUGGAGCGGCUGCAGGCCGAGCGAGAGGACACUGGCGAGGAUACGAGGGAGGAGCUUCAGAGGCAGAUGGAUCGACUCCGCUGCCUGGAAGAGGAACAUCAGAGUACCCUGAGAGAGUUUCAGAACAUGAAGAACGAAAACGCCAGCCUGAAAAAGUCUCUUGAACAACCGAAGACAAAACAUGAGCUUAUCGAUGCCGAAGACGAGAAGGGAGAGUCUCCAAAGAGGGAGAAGCGAGGCGCUCCGAGAGGAGAGGGGGAGGGAAAGGAUACGAGAAGAGAGGAGAAACUCAGAGUGGAUGAAGAGAAAAGAGGGGAUGACAUAAUCAGAGUGAAGAGAGAGGAUGGAGAGGGGGAAGAGGUCUUUGACCGGAAAGAAAGGAAGGAUGACAAAGAGGAGAUGAAAGUCAAAACUAAAGACAGAGGCGAAGCUGAAGGGGAGAAGGAGAUAGAAAGAGAGAAAGAGACAGCGCCCGUCCCCCCAGAGGAAACGAGGGAGGAAGAAGAGAACAAGACGGAAGACAAAGCACCCAAUCUAGAGAGGAAAGAUGAAGAGAAAAAAGAAACGGAUCCCGUACUAAGCAUCAACACCAGCCAACUCACUGCCCAGCUCCAGGAGGCCCAGGAAGAGGCUGACCGGCAGGCGGCCAUAGCCCAAGACCUGCGCACCAAGCUGGGGGAGCAGAGCAAGAAGGCCUGGGAGGCUGAGCAGAGGCUGGUGGUCCUUGAAGCCCAGACUCAGAGGCUGCGGAAGUCUGCAGAGAUGCUGACUGACACCAGGAAACAAAUGGAGGCCCUGCAGAGCGAGUCGCUGCAGAUGGAGGAGGAGCUGACGCGGCUGCGCAGCCAGGUGGAGGUGCACAAGAUGGAGGCGGCGGCGAUCGCGCAGCUGGAGGGCGAGCGGGCGGCGCUGGAGAGGGAGAGGGAGGCGCUGAGGGCCACGGUGGAGACACUCCGGGCUGCGGCGCGCAAGAGUGACCAGCUGGAGCUGACCAAUCAGACGCAGAGGGCGGAGCUGGAGCGGCUGAGCCGCGGCCUGGAGUCGGCGCGGCGUCGCGAGGAGGAGCUGGAGGCCGAGCUGCGCGAGUCCGGCCUGGAGGCGGAGUCGUCGGCGCGCGGGCGCGACCAGGCGCUGCUGGAGGCCGCGCGGCUGGAGACGGAGAAGGAGGCCCUGCAGGGCCAGCUGGACGGCCAGCGGCGCGAGCAGCGGCAGCGGGAGCGCGAGGCCGCGCGCCUCCGCCAGCAGCUGGAGAGCACCACCUCCGCCCUGGAGCACAGCAACCAGCGCGCCUGCAGCCUGGAGGCAGAGCACAGACGGGCUUGCCAGGAGAUUUCCCAUCUAAAAGAGCUCAGCUCCAAACUGCAGGAUCUUGAGCGAGAAAUUCAGAGCCUUACCGUGGAGAACACUGAGGGGAAAACCCAGAUCGGCAGCCUCUCUCAGGAGCUGGCCAACGAGAAGAGUCGCUCUCAGGAGCUGACCAAUCAGGGAGCGGAGCUGACUAACCAGGUGGCGGGGCUAACCGCUCAGGUGGCGGAGCUAACCAACCGGGUGGCGGGGCUGAACAGUCGGGCGGCGGAGAUGACCAGUCAGGCGGCGGAGCUGACCCAGAAGCUGGAGCAGUCGGAGGCCGAUCUCAAACUGGCCGUCGCCUCAGCCCAGAAACCGCCCGAGCAGCAGCAGCCUGUGGUGGAACCGGAGCCAAGUGCCAAGGUGACGCAAGCCACUGAACCAGACGCCCAGUCCUCGCCACCCGCCGCGGCCCAGCAUGUCUCGCUGCAGAGCGGGCAGCCCAGCUUGGAGGUCCCUGCGGUGGGCCCUCAGACCUCCAGAGAGGCUGAGCCAACGGGGGGCAGACUGUCCAGAGACCAGAGUCCGUCCAGCGCCGAACACAACGAGAGGCUGAUCGAUGUGGAGAGAGAGAAUGCCUCUCUUCAGAAGGAGCGGGAGGCUCUGCAGGCCCAGCUGUCCCAGUGUCAGGUGACCUGUGCUGGGUUAAGGGAGCAGCUGGACACCUUGCAGCGCCACUCCAUCUCCCUGCAGGAGAACUGCGCCAACCUACAGGCCCUCAACACCAAACUGCAGGUGGAACAGGCGACGCUGAGUACCCAGCAUGCCUCGGUGCUGAGCCGCUGCGGCGAGACUGAGGCCCGCUGCUCCGCCCUGGAGGCGGAGUCCAAGGUGUGGGUGAAGGAGAGGGCGGAGUCCACGCUGCUGCUGGAGUCUCUGAGGCGGGACCACGAGAGAUUGACAGCUCUGCAGCAGCGUCAGGAAGUGGAGCUGGAGGAGCUCCUGUCCAAGCACAGCCAAUUAAAAAGCAGCAGCCGCACCCAGGAGGCCCAGUUCAAAGAACUCGAAGCAAGAUAUCAGGAGCUGCUGGAGCGCAAGACCCAGCUGGAGCGCGGCGAGGAGGCCGUCCAGGUGGAGCGGCAGCGGAUGGAGAGGAGCGCCCAGGAGCAGAUGGAGAGAGAGAGGGAGCUGGAGAGACUCCGAGCGGACAACGACAGGUUCCAGGCCCUGCAGAGGGAGUGGGUUCAGGUGCAGUCGGAGCUGCUGGCCCAGGGCUCGGUUCUGCGGGCGGAGCAGAACUCGGCCCAGCUGGAGCGCACGCGCCUGGUCGGGGAGCUCAGCGGCCUCAAGGAGAAGAACCAGGAUCUGGACCUCAACUACACCCGCCUGCAGAGCCAGUACCAGCUUCUCACGCAGCUGAAGGCGAACAUGGAGGAGGAGAACCGGCACCUGGUGGACCAGAACCAGAGUCUGUCUCGGGAGAACAGGACUCUAAUGGAGCGGAACCUCGAGAAACGAGAGGAGCAUCACACGCAACAGAGAGAGUAUCAAGACAAGCUGAACGAGCUGCGCCGCGAGAAGCAGAAGCUGGUGGAGAAGAUCAUGGACCAGUACCGGGUCCUGGAGCCUGCUCUGCCCACCCCCACCAAGGCCAAGAAGAGUAACUGGAUAGCCGACCGGAUGAAGAAGCUGAUAAAGCCGCGCGUCGUCGGCCGAGAGGGCCGUGCUCAGUUUGUCGCCUGCGGGAGCGUGGAGAACCUCGCCGAGACGUACGACAUUGUGCACCACUCACCGUCACCUCCGCUGCAAGACCUUCGCAGUGCACCGGGCUCCCCCACCCCCCUGCGGAGGGUGGCGUCGGCAGAGUCGGACGAGCCCCCGAAACAGCGCUCGGGCCGCCGCAAGCUGGGCUCGCGCCACGGCUGGGCCCUGGGCCGGGGCGGCCGGGGAGGGUCCAUCUCGCAGUCCUUCAGCCCCGGGGACCAGCGCGCCUCCCCGCGCGAACGCUGGCGCACUUCGCAGGCCCUGUGGGAGGCGGAGAGCAGCCCCAGCCAGGACAGCGAGGAGGGCAAGGCUGAGAGCUCGGACAGUCUCAGUAGAGACGCUACCCCAGAUCGGAAGCGCCUGUCUUCAGGAGCCGAAGAUGCCCCUUCAAGCAACGAGGCAAAAUCCACGGACUAGAGCGGAUUUGCAGGCAGCAGGCAGUAUACCACCACUGACCUGCAUGCCCUUUGUGUCAGUUCAAAACCGAGACGCUGUAUGUGUUUUUACUGACAUGAAUUCUGGAGGGUCGAAGGGUCAACACGAAUGACUUGAAUACAUUUUUUUAUACCGCCUUACAUACAGUAUAUACCUACAUGCAUUCAAUCAUGCAUAUAUUUACACCAAUAAACACAUUUUUGUACUGCG